GCGGUUUUCUCUGUUGCCGUUUUCACGCAGCACGAUCUGUUCUCUCCCGCACAGUCUGCCCAGAGGGCCAUGGCCUCUUCCUCGUCCUCCGGCACGGCCGGCGGCAGGGUGGUGCUGUCCAAGGAGGGGGCGACGGCAAUGGCGGAGUGCAUCGGCCUGCUGUUCGGGAGGUGGACGGCGCUGCAGCUGGCGGUGCAGAACCGGUGGGGCGGCCUUGACUCGCAGGCCAAGGCCGACCGGCUCGCCUCCUCCGUCCUCUCCUGGUUCACCCGCGCCGCCGCCAGAGGCACUGGACCACUCGACCAGGACGAGCUGGAGGGAUUGCUGUACGAUACCAUGGACGAGUCCUUCGACGCUGACAUUGAGGAUGGGAGCGUCGAGGAGGUUACUAAGCAUCUGAUGAUUAUGUACACACGCUGUCUGCGAAAGGAUUAUUCAUACAUCGAUAAGCUUAGGAAGACACGGCUUGCAGGCAGCGCCAUUACCCAGAGCAAAGAGGUGUUAAGAGGCUGCGAGAGUAGCAGCGAUGAGAUCUCACGCUCAGAGGAAGAAGAUGAUGAUGAUGAGUAAGGACCCAUUGAGGCAUGAUGGUUGCAGUUGAAGAUCUGAGAUGGUUCGAGAGUGCCCAGAGCAUGAUCCAACUUUGAACUUGGCUCAAGGCCUAGAACGAAUAGCGAGUGAGCCGAGUUACAUAUUAGUGCCAAAUGAAGAAUCAUUUGGAUUGGAUAUAACUUAAGAUUGAAUGGUAAAUCACUAGGACGAAAUGUAUCCUAUGGUUUUAAUGGUUGCAAUCACUAGUUGCACAAGCGUA